CUCCUUCCUAUCGAUCGUUAGCUUCAGUUCGGUUUCUACUCUCGCACGGUACAGUACGGUAGUCACACCGGUCUUCAUUCAGAUUUUGCCGACUGAUUCAUCAGCAAGUCCAACCCAUCAAAACGAUGGAGCACGAUUUGGGCUACGACCUAGCAGAGGCACUCGAGCGAGAAGAUCUAUCCCGGGAGGAUUUGAAAGCGCUGCGACAGCCACCGGUCGAGGGCGUGCCGGCAACGAUCACCGACAAACAGUUGGCCUGCUUCCUGGAUGCGUGCGAUAAGAACAUCGACGAGACGCGCAAAGUGCUGAAAAUUUACUACGAAGCGCGCAAAAAUGGACCGGAACUGUUUAACAAUCGUGAUCCGCACAGUGCCGCCAUUCAGCAGUGUCUGCAAAAUCAAGACUACUUCCCACUUCCACCCACCCCGAGCGGGUAUUCGGUGGUGUUUCAUCGGUUGAAAAACUCCCGCUCCUCCAACUAUCACUUUGACGAAGCGAUCAAAACGUACUUCAUGACGAUCGACUCCUGCCUGUACACGCAGGGACCGCGGCCGGGCAUCAUCUUCCUGUUCGACAUGAAGAACGUCGGACUGAUGCAUCUGACCCGCAUCAACAUGAGCUCGGUGCGAAAGUUUUUCCACUACCUGCAGGACGGGCUGCCGGCGAAGCUGAAAGCGAUACACGUGAUGAACGUGGUGUCGUUCUUCGAUAAGAUCCUUUACAUCAUAAAACCCUUCAUUCACGCGGAAAUCCUCAAUGUGCUCUACCUGCACACUUCUAGCGCCAAUUUGGAUUCGUUCUACGAGGAGUGGAUACCGAAGAGUGGGCUUCCGUCAGAUCUUGGCGGCGAUAUGAAAUCGAUCGACGAGCUUCACCAGGACCAUCUGAAGGAGUUCGAAAGGCUGAGACCGUACUUCCUCGCCGAGGAGCGUCAACGCAAUGGCGAAGCCGGCAACUUGAUUGACGAGCCGACGGAUCGUAUGCUUAAGUCCCUAUCGAUAGACUAAUUCUAACGGGCAUGCUAACCCGCUUAAUGUCGUGUACAUCGUUGUGAUAGGAAACCUAUUCUGCACAAAUCGGUCAGAAUUCCAGAGCUGAUUAAGCCAAACUACUACAAAGCGAGGGGUAUUGGGGAGGUUCCACACAUUACUAUUACUACUACCUUGGUGUGCUUUUUUAUACUGUAUUUUUAAGAACCUGUUAUUAUACACUCUCUAUCACUGCUUUCUGCUGUUUAGUAUAAUCCAAAAAUAAAGCAAACGUUUCUUAGAAAAAAAAAAA